AUGCUUGUCGACGGGCUCCUGGCGUUCGAGACCCUGGACCGAGUUCGGGUGCAGCUGCUCCAAACGCUGUCGAUCCUGCUCGUGAAUGUUCGGAAGCCCACGUUUCGCUAUGUUUUGCAAACAGGGGCCUACAACAGACUCCUGCGCGGCAAGCCAUACUUGCCCGAUGGUGACGCCGAAGCACUUUACAUGAAUAUACAGAAGCGACUGGCAAUGAAUGUGGAUGAGCAGGCCGCCGAGCUGCUCCUGAUGACAGUGGGACAUGGAGAGGACGAGGCCCCGACCGUGCAGCUCCCACUGAUGACAGAGGCCAUCGGCUUCCUCUUCAACGAGGAGAACCUGGCCCGCACAGGGGCCCGGGUGGUGUGCCUCAGCGGCUGGGCUGCAGCUAUGAGUGAGGAGUGA